AGAUCUGGAGGCGGGAAUUUAUUCCGGUCCUGUCGUCUUGGAGGUUGGCGACCUGGAAACUACCGUACGAGAACUGGAAGAGAAAAUUUCGCAGAUGGAGAGCGCUGGUGAUCAACUGGCAGAGUCAAUGGAGAAUGCAGCAAUUGGCAAAUGGCAGAGCGUGGAAGGGGAGGAGGCAGUGAAGUCAUGAACUGGUGGACAUGGUGGACCAGAUGCGGAACAUGUUGGUGCAGGCGGCCCACACCAGUGAGUCAGUCCCCAGCGUGCAGCAGGCCAUUCGAGAGGAAGAGACUCAGAAGACCGUUGCGCUUCAGAACUUUGAGAAGGUGUACAGUCAGGCCAUGAAGCUGCAAGUGCAGAUGAACAACCUGCGCGUGAGCCAGCUGGAGCGCAACAAGGAGAUCAUGCUGAUCAAGCGGCAGCUGCUGCUGCAGGAGGUCAACAACGUUCUGCUGCAAGCGCACAUAACUCGCCGCGAGGUGGAGCUGUACCAAUACCGGGAGGCGCGGCGCCACGCGGCUGUCAAGCGCUGGAGCACCUUCUCCACCUCCGAUCGCGCAGGACGCAGUCAGAGUGGCCCAGAGUUUCGUCCACCUUUGCUGCGUAAUAACAGUUUGCGCGAGUCUGACCAGCCGCUGGUCUCUACAACUGCCAAGGCCAAGCAUGACAUUCCAUUAACUUCAGACAAAGAGAUUAGGGUUCCUGCGCUGGGAGUAAAGGUGGAGAAUGGAGAGGUCAGGACGGCCUUCGAGUUGUAUCCCUUUGAGGCUGCUCCCAAAGACAGCAGGGGGCAAGUGGAACGACACCAAGCCUCAUCUGGCUCCGCCCACACCCCCGCCGAGCCGUCCUGUUUCACCCCAACCGUUGUGCAGCAAAUGGACUCCACACACGCGUCGCCCCUGACCUCAACAACGCAAGCCGGCGACACUGCUGCUGGCGCUGGUCAAAGGGCGGCAGUUACUUCCAGGCCUCAAGACGUGCUGCCUCAUCCUAGUGGGCCUGGCAUCGGCAAAGUGGCGAAGGGGUCUCCCACUUUGCUGAGUCGGAAAAACGAUAGAAAUGUGAUUCCAUCUGGAAAUAAUGAGCUUUAUGCCCUGGAGACCGAGACCCCUCGAGCACUCAUUCCACAGCGGCCGGAAGCAGGGGAGGACGACCCCUCGUCUGCUUCUUCGGCCCUGGUUGUUGAUGAAACAUAUUCCCCUACCAAGACUGUGAUGGAAUGUACAGAUUCAGCGUUAGAUGCCGGUCAUCUUCAUGGCACCAGCACUGAAGGUACCGGCGAUGUAGGUAUCAGUAGCAGCAAGCAUCAACCCAAGCCUGUCAGAAGAUCAGUCCAACAACAAAAACACUUUCGUCAACAGAAGGAGGAGAAGGACAACGAUGACCCAGGUAGGAAAGCCACUGGAAAACCCCCGCUGCCCCGGCAAAGCACCCCUCAGUCUCCUCCCACUUCGAAGCGCUCCAAGAGCGUGGGCGACGUGGAUGGCGCAAUGGCGGAGGAUGCUGGAGGCGAGCGGCUGCCUGCUCGUGACGUCAUGAGCCGGCUGGAGAAGUGCGCAACGGUGUGCGAGACUGAGGAGAGGAAGCUAGAGUUCCGAAAGACACCCAGCCCGACACUGCACCUACCGCGCGUGGGGCUCGUGUCUCGCGUCCGUCGUCUGAAGCCCGCUGCUGAACUGCUGCAGGAGAGCCAGCGGUACCGCAGCGGCCACACCGUGUAUGCCACCCGCAUCAUGCAGCGCUAUCUACCGCCUCCACCCGCAAAACCUCCGCCGCCCGGCGGGACAACCGCACAGGGCAAAGAAAACGUUUCGGGGCAAGGCUACGUCCAGGCAAUCGUCCAGAGGCUUUCCCGCGAGGGAACGCCUGCUAGAAGCUUGGGAUCAUCAAGCACCAACUCGUCUUUAUCCCUGUCCUUUCAGAGAACCGAUUCACCUAAGGCGUGUUCGGAGUUCGUCUCGCAUGUCGUACAGAAACUGUCCUCUUCCGGCGGACCAGAACCUCACAAGCCACAUAAGACUCCCUUGAAGGACCUGAGCAACGAAGGGCAAGUCAAGCAGCUGACGCACGUCUUCAGCGCGGACGACGCAUGCGCUCCAGGUGAGCAUCAGCUAUUAGACACGGAUGGUCUGGACAGGAUGGGGAGCGGAGAAGAUGGAGGGGAAUCACUCACUGCCACGCUGCCACCGUCAGUGUCCAGACUGCAUGCCCUACUAGAAGCGAAACCAGACUCAACUAUAAGUCCCACAAGCCAUGCGUCCAUGCCAUCGCUGUCUUCCGACACGGCCGCGCCGCUGCCUGUGGACGUAGGGAGAGCGCGGGCCGCAACGUACAGCGUAAAAGAAGCUGAACGUCCACGAUCUCUGCAGCAACAGUCAGUCAACGGAGAAUCCAUCGAGCUGAUCGGCGAGGACCUUCUCCAUCCAAGGCUUACUCCCGAGGAAGGCGACAGCCAGAAAAUCUCGCCUUCCUCGUCGACCAAGAGCAAGAACGCCUUAUGUUGUCAGUCGUCAUCCUGCACCAAAAGUAAAUGUAGUAGCACAGAUUCCACAAAAGUUAAACUUUCAUCUCCUAAGAGUCAGGAACGGCGGGGUGGGACCGAGAGGAAGGAGACGAUCGGGGUGCUUUGCAAGCAGUCGAUGUCUUUCGACCUGGGGGUCUCGUUAAAGGCUCAGCCAACAGAAGCUGGGACUUGCGUGUCAUCGGAAACAGAGGCCCAUGGCAAAGGUGGAGGAAGUUCGGGGAAGGAUCUAGGAUACGUCGGGGGUCAUCGGGUUCUGAUGGAGAAGGGACAGGCUCUCCUCCACCCUCCUAUGAUGACAAGAAGAAGUCUCGCAACCGGUUUCUGGACUCCAGCUGGUUACAGAAGCCGAAAAAGUUUUUCAAAGUUUCGAAGUGAAACCAAGUGACCGGAACCCUAAGCAGGGGGUAUCUUCAAUCACAGAUACAAACUAAAGAAGCUGGCUCUUGGAAUGGCAGGCAUGGCCUCGACACCGCAUAUCGCUGUGGUCUAGAGGCAGAACUGUGAGCCCGUCGACUGCUGAUUAUCAACACACGGGAAACGAGGUUUGACCUCAGGAGAACGAAAAUCUAGAGGAUAAAGGAACGAAAAAUACAUGGUCACAGAAAGAAAAUAUCCAUGAAAUGAAAAGACCAAGGAAAUUCCCGUAGUGCGACAAGAGAAGAUCCUCAGAUAAAAAAGAAAAGUCUCUGGUGAGAGAAGGGAAGCUAAUCAUCAGACAAAAGGGAAGUUACCAUGAAACGAGAGGAGGAUAAUCGGUGGCUUUCUAAAGCAGACAGGGCUGGUCCUGCUUCGAGACGAGGGGAGACAAGCACUACUUCCUGAGGGAGGAAGAGAUGCUGUUGAGAAGGCAAAUGUCAAGAACACCUCGCUGACUGUCAUCAAGUAUCACAAGCACGUACCAGAAACAAUACACAAACUAAAAUCUUAGAAAACCAACCAGGAAUGCGGCACAUUUAUCAGUUGAGGUGGCAACACCGGCUAAUUAUACAAAUGAACCGUAUUGCAGCGAGCUUCGCUCAGAGCAAAGCCACUAAGGUUCAUGGACAGAAAGGUCAAGACAUUUGCAGUGAGCAGUACUCAGCGAAGCAGACGAAACUGCUAAGGCUGCGGGCCUAUGGUACGUUGAGGCUGUGCCUAGAGAAAGAGUUCCGGACACAGAACAAAAACAUUUCCACAAAGUACUAGCUGCAAGCUAUGAAGUGCAUCACCACAAGCCAAAGUCGUAGGUCUUUGAGAAAUCUGCAACGAUAGUUCAGUUCUUAGACUUCACACACAGUUCUUACCCACAGUUCAUCACCUCCCCAUUUUUAUGUUCACCCUCCGUGACACCCAAACAAGUUGCUCAAAAUAUCCAUUUGUCGCCCUUUGCUUGACUGUAGUAAAGGAUUUUUAUGUGUUGCUGGCUAAAUUCUCACUCGCAAAGAAAAGAUAUAUCUGAGAAGUAUUUCUACAUCAGAGACGGAUUUCCACAAGGCUACAGAAAACCUUUUUUUAUGCACAUGCUAGUAUUUUCUUUUUGGGAGAAUAUUUGUGGGCAAUGAAGAGGUUUCUCUCUAGAUUUAUGUGCCUGCAGGAACAUAAACCUUUUGAUAUUUCUCUCAUAAAAUUGGAAGGAGAAGGUCCAGAUAGCCAGCUGUCCUUGAUUUACAGUUUUUAAAUAGUUCCUCCCAUGCCUCUCUUGCGUUUUUGCCAGCUCAUGGAUGUGCGUUUUUUUCACAAAUGUCAUUGCAGAAGAGCAGUGUAUUUUAAUUGGUGCUGUUUGCUUCUUUUCUGUAAAUUGUUUGGUCCUGUUUGUACAUAUUUGUGUUUAAUUAAAAGGGGAAAGAGGAAAGAUGUGAAUAUAACUAUAUUGUUCUGUGUAAAUGUGCAAUGAAGUUACAAACAAGAACAUUUGGUAACAAUCUCGAGAAUUCUGUUGAACUCGUUUAAGGUCUCCUCAGGGUUGUCCUCUCAUUUGGUGAUAAACAAGACUUUAUCACUAACCAUAUAAUUCUCCCCAAAUCUCUUCAAGAAAUUUAAAGCGAGAUUUAAAAGAGGAAACCUUGAUGUGUAUAUUUAAGUUUUUAAGCCCGUUUAAACAAGAUUAUCCUUCUCAGCGGAAAAGAUGUUGAAGAUAGUUUACAAGGAAAUCGUCCAAGAGAGGAUAGUAAAUAAAAAAGAAUAACAAUAAUUGAUGAAUUCUUUGACUUCGCUAAAGGAACUGAAGAACAGUUUUCUGGUAGGGAAAGGCCUGUAGUUGUGGGUGGGAUGAGUGGGACGAUUUGUGCCAAGCUGCGUAUCUGUGAUAGGAACCUAGGGGGCAGAACACUCGCAUCUUGCCUCUUUUUCUACUGCAGGCCGUUCACCGGCCACGACUACAAUAAAGAACAAUUCUAAAAAUAUC